CAUAAAGUACCAGGGCCACAAUAGUAGUAACUAUGAAGUAAGCCGACCAGAGAUGACGUUUGCCGAGCUGCACUUUCUAGCUUAUUGAAUCUGUAUGUUAUAGGAUGAUGAGCAGACGACUGUCACAAGCUAGUAGACCAGCCAGUGCGUCAGAGAGUGCUGGGGAGGUACAGAGCUUGGGCCCCCCUAGAAGUAGCCUGGGAGGCAGCAUAGGCCUUACAUUUGGACAGCAGUACCAGUGGCGUAUGAUGCUGUGCUGUCUAAUGCCUGUCAUCGUGAUCAUCUACACCACAGCUUCCAACAUACUCAAGGGACAAAUGGAGUUAGUGAGGCUCUCGAGAAUAGAGGCAACGAUUGGUACGAUAGAAGCAGAAUCUGACCUAUUAAAUACUCUACAGAAAGAAAGAACGAAUCAUGCCAUGAGAAUAAUUACUUCCAUAAACAAUAGUUCGUUCGGGAAUCCUGCGAUAUCUGCUACAUUCUCCCCAGCAGUUUCAAACAUAAUAAAAUCUUCGAGAUUUUCAGCCAUAACGAUAAACAUAACAGAAUUUAUCAACUGCACAGAAGUUAAGGAAAUCGAAAUCAUCAACUCUGUUAUUCGAGAAAUCCUGAGUCAGAUUUCUACAGAUACAAGAAGCAUUUCAGAUUCUACCUCUUUUUGGCUGUAUGCUAAAACAUACGAAAAUCUCGUAAUGGCUGGAGAAGAACUACUCAAAUCUGCGGUGCACGAAGUCACUAGCCUCGUGCUGGGUCCACACUCACUCUGUAGCCUCGAACACAACUAUGGCAACAUGGUCAAGCACUAUCUUCUAUCAGCCAAUCAGUUCUCUCAGAUGGAAUCUGACUUCUACCAACUGUCUCUGGACAAUUUGUUUCUGCUGAGCAUUCUAGAUCGCCAAGAUGAUAUAAGUAUUUUGAUGAACACAUCAAGAAACAACUAUAUGACAGCUAUAAAAUAUAUAGAUAGAGUAACUGAGUUUGUCAACAUAUUGAGGAAUUACCAAGAUAAAGUUAUUAAUAAUAUCAGUGAGCAGGUGUCCCUAGCCUAUGUUGAGAGCAUCAACCAUCAAGUGCUAAAUGCUGGAGUGAUGGUGGGAACUGUCUUAGUGUCUGCACUGACAGUCUGUCUCAUGUGUGAGACCAGCAACACAGUGCAGGAGUACGCUAACAUGAUCUGGCGCAAAACUGUGCAACUAAGGGCAGAGAAACGCAAAAGUGACUGUCUUCUCAACCAGAUGCUGCCGUCCACAGUCAUCGCACAGUUGAAACUGCAGAGACAAGUGGUAGCUGAAGACUUUGAGAACGUGACAGUUUUCUUCUGUGACAUUGUAGGAUUCACAGAGCUAUCAGCUACAAGCACACCUAUGCAAGUAGUCACCAUGUUAAACUGCCUAUACAGACUGUUUGACUCACGUAUUCAGAAAUAUGAUGUUUACAAGGUGGAAACUAUCGGAGAUUCUUAUAUGGUUGUUUCAGGAUUGCCCCAGGAAAAUGGCAUUGUACAUGCAGCAGAGAUAUCCACGAUGGCAUUAGACCUGGUGCAUAGCUUGGAGAGUUACCGUAUUCCCCACAGACCGUCGGAGAGUCUGCAAGUGCGUGUAGGCAUCAACACGGGGCCUUGUGUGGCUGGAGUCGUGGGGACUACAAUGCCACGAUACUGUCUCUUCGGGGACACCGUUAACACUGCGGCUCGCAUGGAGUCUACUGGGGAAGCAAUGAAAAUCCAUAUAACCAAAACGACCAAAGAUCUUCUAGACAUUGUUGGGGGAUUUAUAGUAGAAUCAAGAGGGGAGGUGGAAAUAAAGGGAAAAGGUGUUAUGGAGACAUAUUGGCUGACAGGUAAGGAAGGGGGAAUCAACUACACACCCGAGAUAGAUUUCAAAGAUGACGCAGACUAUGUUCCAGACUUCAUACAUAUGAUUGCAUCUCCCUCCACAGAUGAACUACUAGAAUCAACAUUAUAACAUCAAGCUCGCAGCUGUUCGGCUGAAAACUUUGAAACUGCUUUGGACAUUGAGAUGUCAAAUCAUUGUACUUCAUCUAACGCUAACAGAAGACUGUCUCUGUUUUCCUUCAGGCCUAACUACUUUUAAUAC